GGGCAUCUCUUUUGACAGGCCCCUGUCAAGGGAAUCCUGAACUUCAGACCGUUUCAACAUUCCACAAUCCUGCGUCCCCUACCAGAGCCCAUUCAUAAUGAGCAACUCGUCGAUCCUGAGGAUACAGAAGGAGUUGAACGACAUAGAGAAAAGCCCCGAAAACCAGUACUUUCUUUGGUACGACGAUAGUAAUAUCAAGCAUGUUCACGCUCUCAUCACCGGGCCGACUCAGACUCCUUAUGCACUCGGAAUGUUUGACUUCGUCUUCAAUAUCGGGGACAACUAUCCACAAGCACCACCGAAAGUCACAGCUAUGACUACGUCAAACUCGCGGGUUAGGUUCAAUCCAAACAUCUACAGCACCGGGAAAGUGUGCCUCAGCAUUCUUGGCACCUGGGAAGCGAAGGAGUCGGGAGAGAAAUGGAGUGCAGCGCAUGGCAUCCUCUCUGUUCUCGUCUCGAUACAAUCCCUGCUGAGCGAGUUCCCGUAUCGAAAUGAGCCGGAUCAUGAAGAGGAGAAGGACGAAAAGAUAUUGGACGAUUACAAUGCAAAACUGCAACAUGAAACGAUACGAGUCUCUGUUUGUGAUAGACUGGAAGAAGCACUGGGCUGGAAGAACGAUAACAUCAAAGUAGACGGAACUACCAGCAUAAGCCGACCAUUUUGCACAUGCCGAAGUACCAGCCCGUUCCUCGACGUAACGAAAAGAAUGUUCUUGAUGUACAAGCAGAUAUACUCGGAAACGGCACAAAGAGAAAUGACGACCAAGAGAGAAGGAACAGCCUUCGUUCUAGCAAGGUUUGAGUUCGGUAACAAUAGCGCCCAAGGAACAUUCCAGUAUACGGCGUUGACGAAACGCUUGGACAAAAUUCAGGAAGCAUUACUGAAAGAGCCUGAAGAAUGGAUGACACUUUCGAAGGAUUGGAUCGCAAAUGAAACGACAUCUGCUAGCAAUCUGAGGAGUCAAUUCGAUCAGAUUCAAGCAUCACACGAGUACGACUCGUGCCUUCUAAUGGAACUGCGGAAUGACAAUCCUUUCGCAUGGGACUUGACGGCGAUGGGCCUCCCGAUGACCCAACACGAUGGCGGCAUGUUUAACAUUGAGAUGAGAUUCCAUGAUGACUUUCCGACCGUGCAACCUCGAAUUCGGUUCACUACGGAGAUGUUUCAUCCGCACAUAUCACCGGACGGCAUCCCUUAUUACAGGGUGGAACGAGCCGAGAACAUUCGCGAAUACCUCGACAUGCUUGUAAAUCUGUUCAAACGAGAUCCAUCCGGCGACCCAACGACGCACCUCAACAUGAGAGCCACCAAGAUGUGGUUCGGCAGCAAAGAAGAUCGUCGAGACUACAACCGCAACGCCCGACGUUGCGCACAGCGGAGCACGGAUUACUGAGCGCGAUCUACGCCUUCCAUCCCCGCGAGCCUGCUAUGCAUGUAUGUAUCCAUGCGGGCUAGUUUGCGCUUCCGGUGGCAAUGUGUAUCAUAUCAUCACGCAUUAUAUAUGUAUAUAGCAUAUGUGUAUGUAGGUUCUAAGCUAGUCGUAUAAUAUGAAUGAACGCCUUGAGCACGUCAGAUGUGCGUCCAGGAGCA